UAACAUUCAUACAUAUGAAGCUUUUAAAAAUAUGAAUUAUUUGCCACAUAUAAUGUAUUAUCAUAUGUAGUUAAAAAAAAAAUGUGCAUGCAAAGUUGAAGUGGGGAGGGCAAGUAACUGUGAAAUUUAAAGUGUGGUUUAAAAAAAAUUAAGCAGUAAUCAUUAGCAUUUUAAUUGUUCUUAAUGUCUGGAACAAUUCUGUGAGUUUGUAUGUAACUAGAAGAAAAUGGAGUCACCUCCUGCAUAGCAAAAUAUUAUUGUUUUUAUGUGAAGAUGGCUAAUAGUCAAUAUUCUUCUGGGGAGAAACAAUUUAAAUUUUUAUUAGUUGGAAAUGAAGCUGUUGGAAAGACAUGUUUAGCUCUGAGAUUUACUCAAGACAAAUUUGAUAAACUGUAUAAACAGACAGUUGGUGUUGAUUUCUUUCUGAAACGCAUAAUCCUACCAGGCAGUGUGAAUGUUACACUUCAGUUAUGGGAUAUUGGAGGUCAGUCUCUUGGAGGCGAGAUGUUUGAUAAAUAUUUGUAUGGAGCUCAUGCAAUUCUUUUUGUAUAUGAUAUUACAAAUGAAGAAAGUUUUUCUGAUCUUGAAGACUGGCUGCGAAUUGUUCAUCAGGUUUUCAAUGAAGAAUGCAUAAUGCCACAUCUUGCAUUAGUGAGUAAUAAAGGUGAUUUAGAACAUAAUCGAGUAGUAAAACCUGACAAGCAUAUAAAGUUUGCUCUUGACAAUGGAAUGUCUUCCCAUACAGUGUGUGCUAAAACAGGAGAAUCUGUUGCUUUGUGCUUUCAGAAGAUUGCAGGAGAGUUGCUUGGUAUUAGGCUGACACGAUCUGAACAAGAAACCGUCCAACCUGUUGUUAAAGCUGAAAUUGUGCAGAGCUUACCAACAACUUCUGAAGCAAAUACUGCUGCUCCUCCAUCCAAUGCAGCCAAGAACAGUAGUGUUUGCACUCUUCAGUAGCACUUAACUAAACAUGUGAUGUUUGCAUUUAGUAAUUUUAUUUAUUUUGCACUUUUUGCUAAAAAUAUGUCCUUGUAAUUAUACUUGUUUUUUGCUACAUAUUUUAUUAAAAUACACUGCCUUAAUUCUAGUCACAAGAUAAAAUAUAUUUUUAUUUACUAAUUAAAUAUUUAUACAUAGUUGGCAUUGUUCCAUGGAAGUUGUAAAUGCUUCAAUAAAAACUUCAUGAUCAUU